UGAAAUGUGUAGUAGAUGGGUUGUAUUAUAUAGUUUACCUAGGGGUUAACGUAGUAGUCAUUUUACUUACCAACCAGUAAGGCAGUAACCACCCCCAUUCCCCUCCAUUUUUUCACCUCUCCCCAAAACCCUCGCGCCGCUUUUUUUUCUCUUUCAUUAUUUUUUUACCAUUUUUUUUAUGGACCUCUUCACCGGCGACCACUUCCCCGUCCCCGACCACGUCGCUCCGUUCCCCGAUUCCGGCGACCUCCUCUUCGCCGCCGACCUCCUCUCCCACCGCCACAACCCCCAGAAGCUCCGCCCCAUCAGGUCCGUCCCCACCGCCCCCAUUGCCAACCCUUCUCCUCCCCCUCUCUCGCACGAUCCGAUUCCCUCCGGGUCGGGUCACGCCCCAUGCCACGAAUCCAGCUUGUCUUUUGAUGCUGAGGAUGAAGAUGAGGAUGAUGACAAUUCAUCAGCAAGUACCAAAGGACAUGGCCCUAGAAAGAAAAGGAGAAAGAUGGUGAGAAAGCUCGAAGAUUUUGCGAAGGAUUUGGUGGUGAAGGUGAUGGAAAAGCAAGAGCAGAUGCAUAAACAGUUAUUGGAAAUCAUAGAAAACAAUGAAAGGGAAAGAAUAAAGAGAGAAGCAGCUUGGAAGAAUGAGGAGAUGGAGAGAAUCAGAAAAGAUGAAGAGGCUAGAGCCCAAGAAAAUUCUCGAAAUUUGGCCCUCAUAUCCUUCAUUCAGAACCUGUUGGGCCAUGAAAUUCAAAUCCCCCAACAACCUGCAAAACCAUGCAGCAAAAGAGAAGAGGAUGAAGUUGAGGCAAGUGCUAGAAAAGAACUGAACAAUGAUCCAGGUGACAAUAGAUGGCCUGAUGUUGAAGUGCAAUCACUCAUCACUGUGAGAACUUCAUUGGAGCACAAGUUUCGUCUCAUGGGAUCAAAAGGGUCAAUAUGGGAGGAGAUAUCUGAAGCAAUGAAUGGCAUGGGGUACAACCGCUCUGCAAAAAAGUGUAAGGAGAAGUGGGAAAACAUCAACAAGUACUAUAAAAGGACAAUAGGGAGUGGCAAGAAAAGGCGUCAAAAUAGUAAAACUUGCCCUUACUUUGAUGAGUUGGACAUUCUGUAUAGAAAGGGUCUCUUAAGUAUUGGAAAUGCCUUGAGCAAUACCUGCUGUGUUCCCCAGAUUGAAGUAAAGGAGUUGAAUGAAACUUGAAUAGGUAGUACUUGAUAGUCGUAGAUACGGCUUAUGUAAAAGCUCCUUCAUUCAGCAUUUAUUUAGCCAUUCUUCCUUUCAAUUUUCUCACUGAUGACUUUAGUGGACAAUAAUAUACCAACCAUCCUUUAACCCUGCAUUUAAAAUUUUAAA